AAUCCCGCCCCCGGCCCGCGAGGAGAGGCGAGGCUAGGCUGCCGCAGCGCGGCGGUCAUGACUGCGCGCGGGACCCCGAGCCGCUUCCUGGCCAGUGUCCUCCACAACGGGCUGGGUCGCUACGUGCAGCAGCUGCAGCGUCUCAGCUUCAGCCUCAGUCGCGAUGCGCCCUCAUCCCGCGGCGCCAGGGAGUUCGUGGAACGGGAGGUGGCCGACUUCGCCCGACGGAACCCGGGGGUUGUAAUAUACGUGAACUCGCGGCCGUGCUGUGUUCCCAGAGUGGUGGCCGAAUACCUUAACGGGACUGUGCGCGAGGAGAGCAUCCACUGCAAGUCAGUCUCGGAGAUUGCGACGCUGGUGCAGAAACUGGCAGACCAGUCUGGCUUGGAAGUGAUCCGCAUCCGUAAGCCCUUCCACACGGACAACCCCAGCAUACAGGGCCAGUGGCACCCCUUCACCAACAAACCUACAGCGUUGGGCGCGCUACGCCCGCGAGAAGUCCAGGAUGCUGCCCCAGCCCAGGUGCCUGUGCCGUGAAGCGUUGCUCCGCCAACCCCAGUCCCAGGCUUUGGACUUUUACCCCAGUGGAGGUGCUUCCUCCUCUUUGGUUCAGGGGAUUCCAAGCCUCCCGCAGGCAGAUGGAGCCCACCACGAGGGAAGUGGACGCCAAAGCUUUUGCUUGGGAUAAAGAACAGCCUGUCUUCAUUGAAUAGGAGGAGGAGCAGUGACUUUGUCAGUCUCCUAAUUAUUACCCAGUUUACAUCCUUGAAACCUGACUCUUCAAGGAUUUUACAGGCUUUUAUUUCUGAAAUCCAGAUCGAUACUAGUGAUCUCAAAUCCGGGUGUGGGGUUUCAAGAAUGGCUUGUGAAGAAUC